AUGCCCGAGCGAAACACAGGAGAAGGAGCUGCUGGAGCUCGAAGGAGGAGAUCUAGCAGUAUCCUCCAAGUCUACCAUGAGCCUCCUGAGACUCUCGAGCAAAUCAGUGAUCAGGCUGCCCUGCCUAAUCUCAACGCCAACUGGACAAACGCCAAAGGUGCCUGGACAAUCCACAUUGUCUUGAUUCUCGCUGCCAAAAUUAUCUUCGACGCGAUCCCUGGUGUCUCACAGGAGACUUCAUGGACCCUUACCAACAUGUCCUACAUGUUUGGCUCCUACAUUAUGUUCCAUCAUGUCCGUGGUGUUCCUUUCGAUUUCAACAGUGGCGCUUUCGACAACCUCAACAUGUGGGAGCAGAUUGAUAACGGGGCACAAUACACACCAACCAAGAAGUUCCUUCUCAGUGUCCCGAUCGGCCUUUUCCUUGUUAGCACCCACUACACACAUUACGACUUGACAUACUUUACCAUUAACUUGCUGGCUGUCUUGGGAGUCGUUAUCCCUAAGCUACCAUUUAGCCACCGAAUGCGUUUCGGUCUAUUCUCAGGCAUUCCAGAGGAAUAG